AUGCGUCGCCACCUCCGCGGUCGUUCCUUUGCUGCCCGUGCCCGUCACUACACUAGCGCUAUUGCUUCAUUAAGCCCAACGGUCGACAACCAACGUGGUGUCUACGCUCUCGAGACGAUCUACGCGCUUUCCUCUGCACCUGGUAAAGCUGGCGUGGCCGUCGUCCGGAUCUCUGGCGACCAGGCAGACGCUUGUCUGCAGCAGCUAAGCAGGUCCACAGCGCUGCCAGAGCCUCGAGUUGCCUCCUUGCGGAAGCUCUUCCAUCCAAAGACGAAGGAACAUCUUGACGAUGCUUUAGUGCUCCGGUUUCCGCACCCACAUAGUUUUACAGGAGAAGAUGUCGUGGAGCUGCAUACCCAUGGAAGUGUUGCAGUGAUCUCUGGUGUUUUGGAAGCACUGAGUCAUGUGCCUCGUUGCCGCGCUGCGGAAGCAGGAGAGUUUACGGAACGAGCGUUUGACAAUAAUAAAAUUGAUUUGGUGCAAGUCGAGGGGCUGGCGGACUUACUGAGCGCUGAGACGGAAGCCCAGCGUGGACAGGCACUUCGGCAGCUGUCUGGGGAUAUCGGAGAGAUCUAUGAAGGCUGGCGUGACAGUCUUGUCAAGUGCCUGGCGUACGUGGAGGCCAUGAUCGAUUUUGGUGAUGACGAGGACGAUGUCACAGAUGCUGCUUACGGGGCUGCAGUUGAUCGCGUUCGUGUGCUUGCGGAUUCGAUCCGAGGUCAUCUGGCUGACGGCAGGAGAGGAGAGAUCUUACGUAGUGGGGUCCAAGUCGCUAUUCUUGGUCCACCAAAUGCGGGCAAGAGCAGCUUGUUGAAUGUGCUCGCGCGCCGACCUGCAGCAAUCGUGUCAUCCAUCGCUGGGACGACACGAGAUGUGGUGCAAGUGCCUUUGAACAUCGUGGGAUAUCCUGUAAUAGUCAGUGACACUGCAGGGCUGCGCGAAACAGAGGAUCUCGUCGAAAAAGAAGGCGUUUUGAGGGCCCAGGUGUGUGCCGACGAAGCAGACAUACGCGUGGUUGUGCUGGAUGUGCAGCAUGCCGACCAACUCCAGAGUAGCGUAUACCAGUCCUAUUUGAAGGGAGACGCGAUCGUCGUGCUGAACAAAGGCGACCAAGUGGACGACGAGAAAAUCGAAUACGUGCAGAGUGGAUUUGACGCCAAAACGCGCAGCCAGCUUGUCGUCAUUUCUUGUAUAGAGGGUGAUAACAUCGAUGUCUUUGUUGACAUGCUUGCGGCCUCAGUGAAGGAGAAGUUGAAGGUCUCAGCUGAAGCGAGAUCUUUUGGCGGUGCGCUGAUCACACGGGAGCGUCAUCGCCAGAACCUGAUGGAGUGUCUAGCGUGUUUAGACCGGUUCUUGGCUGAUCCUUACCAAAGCGAAAUUGCCGCUGAAGAUCUUCGCCGAGCGGUCACGGCGAUUGGCCGCAUCCUUGGUCGCAUCGACGUCGAAGACGUUCUGAAUGUGCUCUUCAGCGAUUUCUGUAUCGGGAAAUGA